UCUCUCGCUCACCACAUCCCAGCCAUGGCCCUAGUUCUGCAGCUGCUGCCGCUGCUGCUGUCAAGGGCCCAAGGGGACGCCGCGGUUCCGUUGGUCCAACGCCCAGGCGACCGCGUGAAUCUCUCCUGCGUAGGGAUCUCGAAUCCCAUCCGCUGGGCCUGGGCGCCUAGCUUCCCAACCUGCAAGGGUCUGUCCAAAGGACGCCGCCCGAUCCUGUGGGCCUCUUCGAGUGGAACCCCCACGGUGUCUCCAGUUCAGCCCUUUGCUGGCCGCCUACGAGUUCUGGACCCUGGUAUCCGGCGGCUAGAGCUGCUCCUGAGCGCGGGGGACUCGGGCACAUUUAUCUGCAGGGGCCGUCACGAGGACGAGAGCCGUACAGUGCUUCACGUGCUGGGGGACGGGGCUGAUUGCAGGGCUCCGGGGCCUAGUCAGGGGUCCGUAUAUCGCCAGCUCUGGAUCCCACUGCUGGGCGCUGGGCUGGUGCUGGGACUCGGAGCGUUGGGCGUGGUAUGGUGGCAGCGCUGGCGCUCAUCCCCGCACCCACACCCACUUCGACCCUUCCCCAGAUUUGCUCCGCUAGUGAGAGCCGAGCCCCAAAGGCCAGUAAAGGAGGAGGCGGCCAAGAUUGCAGGAGACCUGGACCAGGAGCAGAACCUGCUGUAUGCGGACCUGGAUCAUAUGGCCCUCAGAAGGCCCCGCCAGUUGUUGCCAGUGGGCCCUGCUGAUUCCUCCACCAUCUAUGCAGUUGUAGUCUGAAGCAAAGUCCUUACUCCAAAAAUCACAGCUGGGGGCUCUCCAUAACCACCCUCUCCUUCUUCAACCCUCCCAGAAAAAAGGAGACAACCCCCGGGUAGACAUGAGUACUAGACUGGGAGUCAGAAGACCUGGCUUCCAAGUUCUCUCUGCCACUGAUCCUGCUCCUUCUGUUGCACCAUCUCCUAUAACUUCCAUGACUCCUUCACCAAGCCCUGUUUCCCCAUCUUAAGACAUCAGCCAGUUCUAGAUAGUUGUCCCAUCUCUUCCCUCCCUUCCAGUCAAGCUCUUUGAAGCACGGGCCUACACCUGUCUUCUCCAUUUUCUUCUUCACUCCACUCCUAUGAGGUUGCUAGUGAUGUCCUAAUGGCCACAUCCAGUAGACACUUUUUAGCAUUCAUAUGGCUUGGCUUUUGAUUACCCCAUUCUUUAAGCUGUUUUCCUUUAAUGCUGAUGCCUUCCUUCUGGACCCCUCUUUCUUUCUCCCUACACCCAUGGUAUUCUCCACCAUUCUACGUUUGUCCCUUUCUUGAUCUGCCUUCUUCCUCUUCUGGGAAGCUGGCAUCCACAGUGGCUUCAGCCCUCACCUUGGCAAACGACACCUAGAACUCUGUCUAGCUCAGAUCUCAGAUAUAGGAUUUCCAAACUGUCCCUCAGACAUACCUGCCUACCUGGCCCUAUGCGUUUUGCACACAGCAUCUCCAAAACUCAUUGUCAUCUCCAAAGCCUCUCACUUAUUCCUCCUCUGUAUUCUCUCUUGAUCAACACUGUUGCCCAAGCCAGAAACUGAGUCAUGUAGACUUCCUUCCCCUCACUCCCACACAAUGAAACAAGUCCUGCUGUUCUGUUUUAAGGUCAGUCAAAUCCAUACCUUCUUCGCGCUCAGCACUGCAACCUGAAUGUACUCUUCCUCAUUUCCCUGGAUUACCCAUAGCCCUACAUCAUCCUUCUGACCUUGCACCCUCCUCCCUGAAGGCAGACAGAUGUUUCCCAAAUACCAACCUGCUUCUGACAGCCGGUAUUUCAGAUCUGCAGUAUUUCUUUCCUUAAUCCUCAACUCUCUGCCUGCUCUCCACGCUUAUUUCUGUCACGCCACAUGUAC